GCGGCCUGCGCGUGACGUCACACCGCGGGCCGGUCGCCCUGACGUCAUCUCCCCCCGCGCGCGCGCCUCCGGGGCAAGAUGGCGGCUUUCCCUUCAGUUUUCGCGGCUGUCGGGCUGAGGAAGACGCUGCUGGUGCUGCGAGCGGCCGGGCGGCCGAGUCAUCCCGGGCAGGCGGCUUUGCUGAGACAUGUUUCAGGUAGUCUAUCUGCAGACCUGACGUACCCAGGGAUCAUUGAGUCCACCGAAAAUAUAAAAUUUGUGGAGAGGCUGAUACCACCUACCACAGUACCUGUACCUCCAAAACACGACCAGUAUCCUACACCUUCGGGAUGGAGGCCACCACAAGAUCCUCCUCCUGACCUUUCCUUUGUACGACGGUCACGCAUGCACAAUGUACCUGUGUACAGAGAUACGUCUCACCACGGAUCCAGGAAGAUGACUAUUAUCAGGAAAAUUGAAGGAGAUAUCUGGGCCCUAGACAACGAUGUGAAGGUCUUCCUUACGGAAGUGGCCGGACGAACGCCAGCGACCCAAGUCAAUGAGAAUACCUGUAGUAUUUGUGUCAAGGGCUAUUUUGAGGAAGAACUCAAGACGUGGUUGAUGGACAAAGGCUUUUAAAUAAAGGAUAGCAGAUGUGGCGAGAUCUGUCCUGGUGCGAAGAUGCACUUGGGAGACUUGUGUCUUACCCAAUGGGUAAUUCUGGUUUAGUCUAGAAUUACCCAUUGGAGGUGAUGGCGUACAUUUUCAGGAGGCAACUGGGCUUUGAAGAUGUUUCCCUUCUCAUCCAAGAAGCUUCUUCAGCUCUGACGGGAUG